GGUGAUGAAAACGAGGAGAAGAUUAGUAAAGCGGCGAAUAAAGCCAAUUAUAGUUUGGCUAAAGGUGCAUUCAAUACAGGAAGUAAACAGUUCACAUUUGGAAAAAAAAAAAAAAAGAAAAUUCAAAAUGAAACAGAUUACAUGAAUCUCAGUUGUCUUUAUAUCAAAUCUAGCAGCAUUUAAAACUUCUCUAAACCUACUGCAUAGCAAAAAAAAAAACCAUCUCUUCUCCGCUGCCUCCAUAGAGUACUCUUGCAGUUUUCAUCUCUUUUUCUUUUAUCAAGAUUCGCUUGAUCGUCCUUUUUUUUUUUGUUGUUGUUGUUGUUGUUUCAUUCAACUGAUGCGCCGUGUUGUAACAAGCUCCUGAGAUUAUUCGUAUACAUCAUGAAUGACACUGGUACUGGUAAUCGUAAAGAAGGGCUCAUUACUUAUGUUAGAAAGAAAAGAAGCCCCACACUGCGGCGACCUAGGACAGAGAAUUCGAUAUUUCCUGAAUCACUUUCAGAUAAAGAUCGUAGGGUCUCUAGGGACGAGCAAACUGAUGAUGCUAAUGCUGAAGGGAGAAUCCACGACGACCUCAAAGGUGAUAAUUCUUCUAAAAAGAACAAGGAGGAUGGGGGAUCUAGCGCGACAUAUAAAAAUUCACGUCAGCGAGAUGAUACGAAUUCCAGGCUUGGUGGGAAUGCUGGGGACGGUAUAGCUAAUGAUACCAAGGUGAAAAGGAUAAAGCUGAAAGUUGGUGGUGCGACACACAUCAUUCAAACCAAAAACAGUUCUGAUGGAUCUUCUAAAAGUGCACAACCUUCUGAUUCCUCUCGGCCUCGGCAGAAUCUCACUCCUCAAGUUUGUAGCAAGCUCAAGGAUAGUCCAAGUGGAUCGCGCAGAAUUUCAUCAGAGGAUUUACCAGGAGGCACUUCUGGUGCCAGAAAGAGCGAUAAAGAGAAGAAGCCAACGAAGAAUGUAUUUAUAAAACAAGAAGACAAGCCACCUAAAAAGCGUAAGAGCAAGAAGUUGACAAGGAGGCUUAUUUUGGAUUGGCUUGAUGAGGACGAAGAGGAUGAGAAAAUUCACAACUCGGAGAAGCUUAAUUUGGGGAAAGAAUCAACUAUCGGAGGUUUGAAGGUCGAUAAGUCUGAAAUGUUGGAAGAUGUUGCAAGGUCAGGCGAAGAAGUUAAGAGAAUAGCAAGUCAAGGUUCUGAGCGUACUGAUAACGAAGAGAAAGAAAUGUUAUCUGAUGUAGCGGCCAAGCAGACGAAGAAGAAGGAUAAACAAAUGAAGGAGUCGUCUGAAACACCAGUUGAAACAAAAAGCGGAACAACACAACAACGAGCUCUUCUGUCAGGCGAAGAAGUUGAGAGAAUAGCAAGUCAAGGUUCUGAGCGUACUGAUAACGAAAAGAAAGAAAUGUUAUCUGAUGCAGCGGCCAAGCAGACGAAGAAGAAGGAUAAACAACUGAAGGAGUCAUCUGAGACACCAGUUGAAACAAAAAGCAAAACAGGCCGUACAAAACGGGCUCUUCUGUCAGGCAAAGAAGUUAAGAUAAUAACAAGUCAAGGUUCUGAGCGUACUGAUAACGAAAAGAAAGAAAUAUUAUCUGAUGAAGCGGCCAAGCAGACGAAGAAGAAGAAGGAUAAACAAAUGAAGGAGUCGUCUGAGACACCAGCUGAAACAAAGAGUGAAGUAGGCCGUACAAAACGACAACAGGCUCUUCUGUCAGGCAAAGAAGUUAAUAGAAUAACAAGUCAAGGUUCUGAGCAUACUGAUUAUGAGAAGAAAGAACUAUUGUCCGACGGAGGGGCCAAGCGGUCUAAGAAGGAGAAACAACUGAAGGAGUCGUCUGAGAAACCAGUUGAAACAAAGAGUGAAGUAGGCCGUACAAAACAACAACAGGCUCUUCUGUCAGGCAAAGAAGUUAAGAGAACAUCAAGUCAAGGUUCUGAGAAUACUGAUCAUGAGAAGAAAGAACUAUUACCUGAUGGAGAGGCCAAGCAGACGAAGAAGAAGGACUCGACUGAGACACCAGUUGAAACAAAGAGAGAAAGAGCUCUCACAAAACGACAACGGGCUCUUCUCUCAGGCAAAGAAGCGAAGAGAAUAUCAAGUCAAGGUUCUGAGAAUACUGAUUAUGAGAAGAAAGAACUAUCGUCUGAUGGAGAGGCCAGUCGGUCUAAGAAAAAGGAGAAAGAAAUGAAGGAGUCGUCUGAGACACCAGUUGAAACAAAGAGAGAAAUAGGUCUCACAACACGACAAUGGGCUCUUCUGUUAAAAAAGGAUUCCUCUACUUCCUCUGUCGAUCUGAUUGAGUUUCCCAGCGGUUUACCUCCAGCACCGCCUCAAAAACAAAAGCAGAAUCUCUCAGAAGUUGAGCUGCAACUGAAAAGAGCAAAGGCUAAUCAGAAACGUCAAAUGCAACAUGAGAAGGCAGCUCGGGAAUCAGAGGCCGAGGCUAUUAGAAAAAUACGAGGUCAAGGUUCCAGCAGGAAGAAGCGAGAAGAGAAACUAAAGAAGGAGCAGGAAGAGUUAGCACAGAAGGCUGCCAAAGAGCUUCCACCAAACACUAUCAGAACGGUUAUGGGCCCUUCUGGAACUACUGUGACGUUUUCUCAUGAUAUUGGUUUGCCAAGUAUUUUCGACUCCAAGCCUUGCAGUUAUCCACCCCCUCGUGAGAAAUGUGCUGGUCCUUCCUGUGAGAACACAUACAAGUACCGUGAUUCCAAGACAAACGUUCCUCUUUGCAGUCUCAAGUGCUACAAGGCAAUUCAUGAAACGAUGCAGGAUGAAAAGGCCAGCUAACAUUGUUGACGACAGGGCUAUUCUUUCUUGUUGGUUUCUAUUUUCUUUUGUAUUUGUCGAUUACUCCAUGGAUCGUGUUCCUAAACUAUUGGCCGUAUUAUGGUUUCCAGUGAAACGUUCCUUGAACACUUCAUAUCGCGGCUGUUAUGAGAAGUUGUAUUCACUUCUAUUAGUUUGUUGACUCCGUCUGUCUUUAAAUCUC